GCGCGCGGCCCCGGCAGGCAGAGGGUGGUGUUAGAUGCGCAGCAGCAGCGGCGGCGGCGCUUGUGUUCUACUGGGUGACGCGGCUGCCGGUACAAGAUGAAGUUAUCGGUGGAUUCCCGGGGCUGGGUGUGGACAGGAUUGCUGCUCCUGGCCGCUUGCUGCACGGUUAAAGCUGCAGAAAAUGCAUCUGUGCCGUCCACUGAUCAGAGUACAACUAAGGGGGCUCCAUCACUCAUCAAUACCACAUCAACUUCACCUACAGUGCAAGAAAAUGCCACCACAACCUCAGUGCCCGUGUCCUCCAACUCCUCCAAUGCCACUACUCCUACGCCAGUGGCGGCUUCUACUUCCACAACGGUGGCUUCUACCUCCUCAACUGCAAAAACACAAGGACCUGCUGUGAUCAAUGCUUCCACCACAGUCGUGACCACUAAAGCAGCGGUGAAAACCACAGCUGUGACCACCGCCUCCACCAGUCCUGUGACCAGUUCUAUGUCCUCCACUUUACAGAAGACUUCUGGAUUUGAUCUGGGCAGCUUCAUAGGAGGUAUCGUGCUGACAGUCGGCCUCUUGGCAGCGGUCUAUUUCGGGUGCAGAUUUUAUAAUUCCAAAAGAGGCGUCCGCUACCGCACCAUAGAUGAACACGAGGCCAUCAUUUAACGCUUCCACUUACUAAUCCU